UGAGAGUUGGGAGAUUUUCACAACGACAAUCUCUCUUUCUCUCCUCCAUCUCAAUCUCUCAAGUAGUUAACAUUGUAACAGCUCUCCUUGUCCCUUUCUAGGCAAAUCAAUCACCACCCAAAUUUGGCCCUACCAACCAUUGAACCCGCGUUCCCCUGACCCUCUCUCUUUCUCUUUCUCCUCCAUUCUCUCUUUCUUUCCUUUUCUCUGUUUUCUGUCCCUCUUCUGCAUUUCUCAGAAACAGGGAAGAAUCCCAACUUCUUCUCUCUUUUAAUGUCUCUUUCCCAACAUCUUUUUUGACCUCCCAUUUGAAUUUUUUCACUCAAAAUCGAUAAUGGGAAAUCGAGGAUCCUCUCGUUCUCUCAAUGCAUAAUCAAAAUUCUCAACUUUGGGGGCCAGCCCAUUUCACCCUUUUCCUUGAUUGCCUGCGAGUGUAAGAAAAUUCAUUUUCAGAAAAGUAGCCCCUUAUGCCAAAUGCCCAAACCCUAGAGCUCUGGUACCAAAUCCAGAAAACCAGGAUUUGGAAGAACGAGGAAUUCCGGCGAUCGGACCCUAUUAUCCUGGUGCCCAAUCUUGAAGAAACCCAAUUCUUGAAUUUAUACCACAGUGCUAGGAAUUCAAGAAUUCGGGUUUGUUAGCUAGAUGCAAGAAGUUCUUGAAUCCUCUAAUCAAACACCUAUGUUCUUUUCAAUUUCUUGGUUCAUGGAAACACAGUUAUCAACUCUAAUCUUUGUGAUUUUAGGGCUUGUGUGCAAUUUCCGAGCCCUUCUUGUUGUGUCGCAGCCACAGAAUGUCCGGGCAUCAAACGCAUUUGUAAGCCCAUUGCCUCCUCCUCCGCAGCUGUCACCACCACCACCACCGCCACCGCCACCUCCACCCCCUCCUCCACCUCCACCUUCUCCGUCGCCUUCAAAACCUCCUCUUUCAUCAUCAACACCCUCGGAAUCCCCACGAUCGCCAUCACCUCCUAAACCACGAUGGCCAUCACCUCCUAAACCACGAUGGCCAUCACCUCCUAAACCACGAUCCCCAUCACCUCCUAAACCAAAAUCACCAUCACGUCGAGCACCAAAAUCACCACCACCUCCAGCACGCGUACCGCCACCUCCACCACGUUCUGCAAGCAAGUCGCCACGUUCUGCAAGUAGUCCGCCGCCGCCACCUAAGCAUACGUUGCGCAACGGCUCCUCAAACGAGAGCACGACGGGGAAGCAAUCACCGUCAUCAACGACGAAAAAUAGUCAGGAGAUGAACACAGGGAAAAAGGUUGGGCUGUUGUUUAUAGGUUUUGCAGUGAUUUUGCAGAUUGGCGUUGUUGGGUUCUUGGUUUUCAAAAGAAGGCAGCUCUUGAACGCCCAAGACAGAUAUGAAACUUGCUCUUCUUGAAUUUUUAGUAUUGUCAAGUUCAUCCCAUUGAUGCUUUAGAGGAGUUUAUUGAAAAUGGAAAUUUUUUCUUCAAAUUCUUUGGUGGCAAAAGAUUGAUUUACGUUUAUAAACGGCAGAUCGUUGGGUAGUAAAUUUUGGGGUCGAUUCCCCAUCCUAGUCUUUUGAGGUAUUUCUGUAAAGUGAGAUUUGUUUAUUGGCGUUUUGUUAAUCUUUUUGCUAUUGAAUUUCAUUUUUCUAAUGUAGUUUUAUCCAUACGGCUUAGAAUCCUGAGGAAGUCGAGCCAUUUCUUUUUCAUAUCACAGAUUGUGCUAACAUACUUGUAAACAAUGUUUGGAACCAUGGAAAUUGGAAGGAUUGCAAUGACAAUUUUUUUACUUGACAUUCUUUUA